GUUCCUCCCUCCCGUCCACGACCCACCCGCUUCUCCCUCCUCCCCAGUCCCGUUCACCAGCCGCCGCUUCCCUGCGCUCCGCUCCACGAGGCGCGGAAACCUACGAGAGGGCCCCGAGAUGGCGAUGGUUCUGCGGCGCCUCGCGGGCGCGUCCGGCUCGCCGUCGGCGGCCGCACUGCUGUUCCGCCCGGCGCUGACCCGCCCGAUCUCCACCGGCUUCCGCGAGGAGCGCGACACAUUCGGCCCCAUCCGUGUUCCCAGCGACAAGCUGUGGGGGGCGCAGACGCAGAGAUCGCUGCAGAAUUUUGACAUCGGUGGCGAGCGCGAGCGGAUGCCGGUGCCUAUCAUCCGCGCCUUUGGCGUGCUCAAAAAGUGCGCCGCUAAGGUGAAUAUGGAGUAUGGCCUUGAUCCAACAAUUGGGAAGGCAAUAAUGCAGGCAGCUGAGGAGGUCGCGGAAGGAAAGUUGGAUGAUCACUUUCCGCUUGUUAUCUGGCAAACUGGCAGUGGCACACAAAGCAACAUGAAUGCCAAUGAGGUAAUUGCAAAUAGGGCAGCUGAGAUACUUGGACAUAAGCGUGGUGAUAAGUUUGUACACCCUAAUGACCAUGUGAAUAGGUCGCAGUCCUCAAAUGAUACAUUUCCCACGGUUAUGCACAUAGCAGCAGCUGUAGAGAUCAAUUCAAGGUUUAUCCCAAGCUUGGAGCAGUUACAUAAGUCACUCCACUCAAAGUCUGAUGAGUUUAAAGACAUUAUCAAAAUUGGACGUACACACACCCAAGAUGCCACCCCUUUGACUCUUGGUCAAGAGUUCAGUGGUUAUGCUACACAGGUGAAAUAUGGAAUUGAUCGAAUUGCAUGUACCUUACCAAGGAUGUAUCAGCUUGCUCAAGGUGGGACUGCAGUUGGAACUGGCUUGAACACUAAGAAAGGAUUUGAUUGCAAAAUUGCUGCUGCAGUGGCCGAGGAAACCGAUUUACCUUUCGUGACAGCAGAGAACAAGUUUGAAGCUCUGGCAGCUCACGAUGCUUUUGUUGAGAGCAGUGGUGCCGUUAACACAAUUUCUGCAUCACUUAUGAAGAUAGCAAAUGACAUACGUUUGCUGGGAAGUGGCCCUCGAUGUGGACUUGGUGAACUUAGCCUACCAGAAAAUGAGCCUGGGAGCAGCAUUAUGCCUGGAAAAGUCAAUCCUACCCAGUGUGAGGCUCUGACCAUGGUUUGUGCUCAGGUUAUGGGUAAUCACGUUGGUGUUACAAUAGGUGGUUCAAAUGGCCAUUUUGAACUGAAUGUUUUUAAGCCAAUGAUUGCAGCUGGAUUGCUUCGAUCGUUGAGAUUAUUAGGGGAUGCAUCUGUGUCCUUCGAGAAAAACUGUGUGAGGGGAAUAGAAGCAAACCACAAGAGAAUUUCACAAUUAUUGCACGAGUCUUUGAUGCUGGUGACAUCUUUGAACCCUAAAAUUGGCUAUGACAACGCUGCAGCCGUUGCUAAGAAAGCCCACAAAGAAGGAACAACACUGAAGGAAGCUGCUUUAAGCCUUGGAGUUUUGACGGAAAAAGAAUUCCAUGAACUCGUUGUUCCAGAGAAAAUGAUUGGCCCUUCUGAUUGAUAGCAUCCAGGUUGGCACUUGGUUCCUAAACCUGUGGUAGUGUCAUGCCUGUGCCGUGGACUGUCAUACUACCUCAAGCUCAUCCGUAAAUAAAGCAAGCCGAUUUCACACCUUCAAUUCUUCCUCGCGCCCAUUGGAGAGUUAAUUUUGCAUUAACAAUGGUUUGAUUAAUUGGAAUAGAUGCCAUCCAUUUCUUCGAUAUCAGCAUGCCAUCUUUUCCCCCCCACAUGGCAUGUAAUAAGUGAUAUACGGUGUUGUGUCCAUGGAAAAUAUUACCAUUCAUCUUAAGAACAAAUGAAAGCAGAGGGAUAACAUGCUACUUUUCUAUCUGUAUUUUGAUAGAAAGGAAAGAGAAUAAUUACCAUGCUUAGUUUAUUUUAGCAUAUUUUGAUUGGCACAAUCCUUUGACCAACAAUUGUGUCACUAAUAUGCAAUUUAUGUGACAUGAAAUUGAGGCA